GCGCGGGCCGCCCCCCUCUCUCGCUCGUGUUCGCGUCCGUGGAGAGGUGCGCUGGGCGCGGGUGUCUGUCCCUGCGGCCCUCUGUGAGUCCUCUCCUCUCCUUCUCCCCCCUGUAAACUCUUGCCUAGGAAAUUCUCCGGGAUGAGCUCGUGAUGCCGCGUCCCCCGGGCGAGCAGGGGGACGGGCGCGGCGAGCCGUGGGGACUCCUGCGUAGCUCUGGUGUUUCUGCAGUGCCUCGGGGCUGGGAGAGGGGAGCGCUCCCUCGGACCACCGCUAUUUACUGGACUAGCCUUGUGCUUUUGAUUGGGGUUUUGUGGGUUUUUGGGUUUUUUCCUCUAAAUCGUCUGAAAAAAUUGUGCCUUCUUUUUCCCUUCAUCUCCUGCUGCGUGUGUGCCUGUGCGUUGCUCCGUGCGCAGGUGGCUCCAUGAGCUGCUCCAGGAGCGGCUACGCUGCCGCGCAGCGCCGCGCCGGGGCGGGAGGAGCGGCCGCCAGCUUGGGCCGUGCCGCUGCCGCCGCGGGGGGCGGCCCCGCCCGGGCACGGGGUGGGCGGCCGUGAAACGGGAGGGCGAAGUUUCUCCGCGGCGCCGGGCCCUUCUGACGGACAGUGGAGAGGGAAGGACUUGGCUUCCCUGUUCUGGGUAGCUGUUGCUGCCGUUGCUGCCACCACAGCUGCCCGGCUUUGGCCAUGAAGAGGAAACAGAAGAGGUUUUUGCAAAUGACGCUGCUCUUCACCGCGGCUCUGAUUUUCCUGCCCGACAUCGGUCUCUGGUCUCUCUACAAGGAGAAGCACCUGGUGAAGCCCGUUGAGCCCGUCGAGCCGCAGACUCUUCCUUUGGGGCUGGGAGAUGGACAGCUUUUUACCUGGACUGAUGGCUUGAAAAGGAAAGACUGGCAUGAUUAUGAAAGCAUUCAGAAAGAUGCUAUGCGUUCAGGUAUACGGAAAGGUGAACAUGGAAAGCCAUACCCCCUUACAGAGGAAGACCAUGAUGAUUCUGCUUAUAGGGAAAAUGGCUUCAACAUAUUUGUUAGCAACAACAUAGCGCUGGAACGAUCCUUGCCAGACAUCCGACAUCCAAACUGUAAGCACAAGGUGUAUUUGGAAAAACUACCAAAUACUAGCAUCAUUAUCCCAUUUCAUAACGAAGGCUGGACUUCACUGUUGAGAACAAUACACAGUAUUAUCAACCGCACUCCAGACAGUCUGAUAGCAGAAAUCAUUCUUGUGGAUGACUUCAGUGAUAGAGAUAAUAGUGACAAGGCACAAGAAUAUGUCAAAGGUACUGAAGAUUCUGCUUACGAUGUUCUAAAUAGGGAGAACUUACAAUUUUUAUUCCUGAUUUACCCAGUUGUGAGAGGAGUUGGGUCAUUGAAUGGCAGGUCUGAACAUUUAAAAGAGAAGCUGGAGGAAUACAUGGUCCGUUUUGCCAAAGUGAGGAUUGUACGUGCCAAGAAACGAGAAGGACUUAUUCGCACCAGACUCCUAGGAGCCUCGCUGGCUAGAGGAGAAGUCCUGACAUUUCUGGAUUCCCACUGUGAAGUCAACGUGAAUUGGCUGCCUCCCUUGCUUAACCAGAUUGCACUAAACCACAAAACCAUCGUGUGUCCUAUGAUCGAUGUCAUUGACCACAAUCACUUUGGCUACGAGGCACAGGCGGGGGAUGCCAUGCGAGGAGCUUUUGACUGGGAAAUGUACUACAAAAGAAUACCGAUUCCUCCAGAGCUCCAGAGAGCUGAUCCCAGCGACCCCUUUGAGUCUCCUGUAAUGGCUGGAGGUCUGUUUGCUGUUAACCGGAAAUGGUUUUGGGAGCUGGGAGGCUAUGAUCCAGGAUUAGAAAUAUGGGGAGGAGAGCAGUAUGAAAUCUCCUUUAAGGUGUGGAUGUGCGGAGGUGGCAUGUUUGACGUUCCAUGCUCUCGAGUUGGGCAUAUCUACAGGAAGUAUGUCCCAUAUAAAGUCCCUUCCGGAACCAGCCUAGCACGGAACCUGAAGCGCGUGGCAGAGACGUGGAUGGAUGAGUUUGCAGAGUACAUUUACCAGCGACGGCCUGAGUACAGACAUCUCUCAACCGGAGAUCUCUCUGCCCAGAAGGAACUUCGCAAGCACCUUAAAUGUAAAGAUUUCAAGUGGUUCAUGGCUUCAGUGGCUUGGGAUGUCCCCAAAUAUUAUCCUCCUGUGGAACCUCCACCUGCUGCCUGGGGGGAGAUUCGAAAUGUAGCAGCCAAUCUCUGUGUGGACAGUAAACAUGGAGCCACAGGGACUGAGCUGAGGCUAGACAUCUGUGUGAAGGAUGGCUCAGAACGGACAUGGUCACAUGAACAGGACAGCUUGGAGAGCACCGCCAGGGAACGUGUAUUCCACCAGAGCGAUGCAGUUGUAUUGGGACGGGUCUGCAAAGACCCAACCAACCUAUUCCGUCCAGUCUGCUGUUCGGUUCAGUGAUUUCUUUUGGCUGAUGUGAGGAUGCGGGCGAGUGAUGAUGCAAAUCGGCAGCGAGGCGGCAGAGGGCAGCUCCAGACAGGCGGCAACUCGGCUUAACCCACAGCGCCAUCCAUUUGCUUUUCUGUCGAGUCAUUUGAUGGGAUUUUUUUGUGGUGUGCCUUUUGUUUUCUUUUGUGUUUUCUUUUUCUUUUCUCUUCUUCUCUUUUUCUUCUCCUCUUUUUCGUCUUCUUUUAUUCUCUUCCUUCCCCUUCCCCUUUCCCUUCCCAAUGGGUUGCUAUUCCCACUAACUGGAACAGUUUCUGGUCAUUUAACUGCCUGUUAAUCAGAAUUCUAGAAACAGCGUGAGAAAUGCUAAAGAAUCUUUAGCAGGUAAUUAGGUAAAUAAAUAAAUGUAUAAUUUAUCUAUAGAUAUAAA